CACGCCUUUUCCGCUAGUCGCCCCCCUCUAGCCCACAGUCUCGCUGCCCUGAGCCUCCCGUGCCGGCCGGCCGGCCGGGCGGACAGGCGGGCGCGCGGGGGGCGCGCGGGGGGCGGGGGGAGUUCCGGUUCCGGUUCUUUGUGCAGCUGCAGCAGCGGCUCCGGGGAAGAUGGCGGCCCGGGCGGGUUUCCAGUCUGUGGCUCCGAGCGGCGGCGCCGGAGCCUCAGGAGGGGCGGGCGCGGCGGCUGCCCUGGGUCCGGGCGGGACUCCGGGGCCUCCCGUGCGAAUGGGCCCGGCGCCGGGUCAAGGGCUGUACCGCUCCCCGAUGCCCGGAGCGGCCUAUCCGAGACCAGGUAUGCUGCCAGGCAGCCGAAUGACGCCUCAGGGACCUUCCAUGGGACCCCCUGGCUACGGGGGGAACCCUUCAGUCCGACCUGGCCUGGCCCAGUCAGGGAUGGACCAGUCCCGCAAGAGACCUGCACCUCAGCAGAUACAGCAGGUCCAGCAGCAGGCGGUCCAAAAUCGAAACCACAAUGCAAAGAAAAAGAAGAUGGCUGACAAAAUUCUACCUCAAAGGAUCCGUGAGCUGGUACCAGAAUCCCAGGCCUAUAUGGAUCUCUUGGCUUUUGAAAGGAAGCUGGACCAGACUAUCAUGAGGAAACGGCUAGAUAUCCAGGAGGCCUUGAAACGUCCCAUCAAGCAAAAACGGAAGCUGCGAAUUUUCAUUUCUAACACUUUCAAUCCGGCUAAGUCAGAUGCUGAGGAUGGGGAAGGGACGGUGGCUUCCUGGGAGCUUCGGGUAGAAGGACGGCUCCUGGAGGAUUCAGCCUUGUCCAAAUAUGAUGCCACCAAACAAAAGAGGAAAUUCUCUUCCUUUUUUAAGUCCUUGGUGAUCGAACUGGACAAAGACCUGUAUGGGCCAGACAACCAUCUGGUAGAAUGGCACAGGACCGCCACUACCCAGGAGACGGAUGGCUUCCAGGUGAAGCGGCCAGGAGACGUGAAUGUACGGUGUACUGUCCUCCUGAUGCUGGACUACCAGCCUCCCCAGUUUAAAUUAGAUCCUCGCCUGGCUCGGCUCCUGGGCAUCCACACCCAGACCCGUCCAGUGAUCAUCCAAGCACUGUGGCAGUAUAUUAAGACACAUAAGCUACAGGACCCUCACGAGCGGGAGUUUGUCAUCUGUGACAAGUACCUCCAGCAGAUCUUUGAGUCUCAACGUAUGAAGUUUUCAGAGAUCCCUCAACGGCUCCAUGCCUUGCUUAUGCCUCCAGAGCCCAUCAUCAUUAAUCACGUCAUCAGGUGAGCGUGUGUAGGGGGGGCGGCAGUGUGCUGGAGCGGGCUGGUACCAGCUUUCACAAGCUAGUUGUCCGAUUUGCAGGAAGCAGGCUGUCAGAUAGCGGUGAUUUAAAUUAUUUAAACUUACAGUUUAGUAAAAAGGAGGG